UGUCCCUUGUGGAAUGCUCUGCGAGAGCCAUGGCUCCUAAGCUGCUGGGACGCAGCGCGCGCGGACAGCCUACAUGCCGCAGCGAUCGACGCCAUGGAGCACAAUUGACGCGGAUUUGCACUUGCGGGAGAGGAUGUGAAGGAGCGUCGGGUUGUUGAAGAAUGUCGGAGCUUGUUGAGGAAAAGCACAGACCCGUCGCGUUGGGCGGUCCGAAAAAUAGUGGCUUGACAUUUCACAUAGAGCUCGAGAACAUGCACUAGCUGCAGGUACUCUGGUCGCCGGUUGUCCUGCAUUUUCCAGGCGCAUAUUCCAGGUACUUCAAUUGAGGUCGUCCGACCGAGACUCUAUCUGAUCGCUGCCACUAUGGCCGCCUGUGCUCGGGGAGUGACCAGCUUCCUCCACCCGCAAACGUUUCGCCUCCCCUCUACUGUCCGAGCGACGCUCCUCAACACUCGAUUGCAGGCCACUCGGGCACACCAUCCUACUCGAAACUUCUCUGCGUCAAUAAUACACCGCUAUGCCGCGCCUCCUCGCACUUCCACAUGGGCCUACAUGCAACAUGAUCCCGUCCUUCGGUCGGUACACCAAACGAGGGAGCCCGUCCUCCUCUACAAGGAACCCCCACGCCAGAAAUACCUUGCCAGAGUAUACUCAUGGGCUACAAUCACGACCGGCAUAGGCCUAUACAACUUCUACUGGGUUUCCGCACUUCCACCAGGCCUAAGCUUCUUCGUCGCACCCACGUACGUCGUCAUAGGCAUAGCGUUCAGCGCCAUUGGCAUACACCUCUAUCAGCGCCCCGUGCGACGGCUUGCCACGCUCGAGUUGGUUCCCGGAUAUAGGGGUGGUCGCUUGCAGCUGCGACUCACAGGCAAGAAAGAGCCUUGGUCGAAGGAUGAAGUGAUCGACACCGACAUCUUCAACGCGACCAUCAGCGAGAAGACGAGGCCGAUGUUGGAGGAAAUGGUCGAGGCAGAGCGAGCAAGACGCCAGAACAUCACGGAGGGCUUAGAGGGCUACAAUAUUUUCGCAAAAACAUGGGAAAUCAUGGCGCGUUGGGUGGAGCAGAAGUGGACAAGCUUCUUCUUGAGGUUCAAGUUUGCGGUGCUGCAAUUUGGAAUUAUACAUAUCGAGGUUGAUGGUGUCAAGUGGAAGAUUGACUGCGAGGGGUACCUCCUUGAGCAUGGAGCAGCUGUUGAUCGCAUUCUGCCCGUUGACUAGCCGGUCGACUGUCAAAUUUUGCCUGGUUGUGCCGAUAUCAAACAGAUGGGUGUUUGAACAAUCGGCGAUUGUUUGUCUGUAUAGUAUAAGUCUUUUGUAGAAUUGUGUAUGAUAUCGAGGCCUGCAAAACUCGGCCGGAGUAGCAGGACUGUGCAUAGUGCUUGAGGGCGAGAGGACUUCAGAUGAGGCAGAUGAAUGGCCUGUAAGACAUACACCGUAGGUAAAGGUGUACAAGCAUUAACUUAUUCGUGGGCUCAUUUC